UCAUGUUUUAAGUAAUGUGGCAGAAAAGCUGUUAAAAGUGCCCUUAGUGGGACAUAGAUAGUCUAGCUCAGGGUGUCAAAGUCAAUCACAGCAGGGGCCGGAUUCAGGAAUCAGGUCUGACCUGAGGUCCUAACAGGGUCAACAUUUGGACAGGAUUAAUUACUGAAGCUUAUCAGCUGUUUUUAAUAUGUGGCUUUAUCUGAGCUUCAAAAUGUCCACAAAGAAGGAAAAAAUGUCCAAAUAAUGACCCUGGAGAGGUAAUUAACAUUUUACACUCAAGGGCAAGAGAUGCAACACGAACACAGAAGACCCAAAUGACCAUGAAGAGACUAAAAAUUCAAACAUCAGUAUACUUGCAGAUUGAGAUGUGCAUUUUAACAUUAAGGAUAAUCACUGCUGUCUGGUUAGGAAGCUGUGAUAUAAACCUGUCCUUUUUGAAUAAUUGUUAUAGAGCAUUUAAUAAACAGGCAUCGUCUUCUUUUACAGAAAACUUCCGUGCUCUGUGCACCGGAGAGAAAGGAUUUGGCUACAAAGGCUCCUCUUUUCAUCGGAUCAUCCCUAAAUUCAUGUGCCAGGGCGGGGAUUUCACUAACCACAAUGGAACUGGAGGAAAGUCCAUCUAUGGGGAGAUGUUUCCGGAUGAGAACUUCCAGCUGAAGCACACAGGCCUGGGCACGCUGUCCAUGGCCAACGCCGGGCCGAACACCAACGGCUCGCAGUUCUUCAUCUGCACGGCGAACACAGACUGGCUGAACGGGAAACACGUGGUGUUUGGCAGCGUGGUGGAGGGCAUUGAUGUCGUCAAGGCGAUGGAUAAACAAGGGACAAAGAGCGGCACCACUAAAGCCAAGGUGGUCAUCGCCGACUGUGGGGAGCUAAAAUAAAACAACACGGCUCCUUCAGUGCAGCCUGCAUCUGUCAGAUCGACCCUCCACGUCCCCGUCCAUGUCAGUAGAGAAACACCAGACGGACCUGACUCCUUCAAAUGUUUAUGUGUGUUAAUAUUUAUCCUGUAAUAUUUUGUACCUCUCAGUCUGUUCUUUAAUGGACCUGUUUGUUAACAAAAUCCAAACAAAAUGUUGGUGAUGGUGUAAAUAAAACAACAUGAAAGCUCA